GGACCUGGAGGGGAAGUGGUAACAGGCACAGAAGGCCAGACCGCCUCACACUCACUCAUCUGUGAGAAAGUACAAAAGCAAGAGAAAGCUGGCUUGGGGGUGGCACUCAACAGGUGCUCUGAGUGGCACCCACGGCCAGGUCCUGGGAGAGGACAGAAAACAAUUGGGACUCCUCAGCCCCCGGCAGCUCCCGGUGCCCAGUCACCCACAACACAACCGCACAGACAUAAAGUCUUAAAUAUGCCUCGAAAGGACCAAUACCCUCAUCAAAGCCUACCCGUGGACCCAGGGUAAGAAGCUAUGAUGGAGGUCAUCAGCCCGUUUGACAUCUCAAGGAGAAUGGCACAGCAAAGCCUUCUAGACAAGCUCAGUGGAAUCUGAAGGGCCCAUCCCAUGGAGGAAUGCUGGGUGACAGAGCUAGCCAAUGGCUCCAAGAAUGGCUUGGAUUUCAACCCUAUGAAGGAUUACAUGAUCCUGAGUGGUCCCCAGAAGAUAGCUGUUGCCGUGUUGUGCACUCUUCUGGGCCUGCUAAGUGCCCUGGAGAACGUGGCUGUACUCUAUCUGAUCCUGUCCUCCCACCGGCUCCGCCGGAAGCCCUCAUACCUGUUCAUUGGCAGCUUGGCUGGGGCCGACUUCCUGGCUAGUGUGGUCUUUGCAUGCAGCUUUGUGAAUUUUCAUGUUUUCCAUGGUAUGGAUUCCAAGGCUGUCUUCCUGCUGAAGAUUGGCAGCGUGACCAUGACCUUCACAGCCUCUGUGGGUAGCCUGCUGCUGACCGCCAUUGACCGAUACCUCUGCCUGCGCUACCCACCCUCCUACAAAGCUCUGCUCACCCGCGGGAGGGCACUGGUGACCCUGGGCAUCAUGUGGGUCCUCUCAGCACUGGUCUCCUACCUGCCGCUCAUGGGAUGGACUUGCUGUCCCAGGCCCUGCUCUGAGCUUUUCCCACUGAUUCCCAAUGACUACCUGCUGGGCUGGCUCCUGUUCAUCGCCUUCCUCUUUUCCGGAAUCAUCUACACUUAUGGGCAUGUUCUCUGGAAAGCCCAUCAGCAUGUAGCCAGUUUGUCUGGGCACCAGGACAGGCAGGUGCCAGGAAUGGCCCGAAUGAGGCUGGACGUGAGGUUGGCCAAGACCCUGGGGCUGGUGCUGGCUGUGCUCCUCAUCUGUUGGUUCCCAGUGCUGGCCCUCAUGGUCCACAGCCUGGCCACUACGCUCAGCGACGAGGUCAAGAUGGCCUUUGCCUUCUGCUCCAUGCUGUGCCUCGUCAACUCCAUGGUCAACCCUGUCAUCUACGCUCUGCGGAGUGGGGAGAUCCGCUCCUCUGCCCAUCACUGCCUGGCUCGCUGGAGGAAGUGUGUGAGGGGCCUUGGGUCGGAGGCAAAAGAAGAAGCCCCGAGGUCUUCAGUCACCGAGACAGAGGCUGAAGGGAAAAUCACUCCGUGGCCAGAUUCCAGAGAUCUAGACCACUCCAAUUGCUGAUGAGGCCUCUUCCCAAUGUAAACAAUUCAAGUCAGAAAUCAAUUCACUCCCUGGAGGAGAGAGAGGGGUCUUGGCUCUCUUCUUACUUGAACCAGCCCCAGGCACCUAGACAUGGACGCUUUUUGCUGAUGAGUGUUGGAACUGACUCCUGGAAGGCAGCCUGGCCUUGCCCACCUGCACACAGUCUGUUGGAUAGGUAGGGCCCACGAGGAGUAGCCAGGUGGGCGAGAUGCAAAGGGCCUGGGACAGGCUCAGUACAAGUCAGGUCAGGCUUUGUGCCUGCAUCCUCCAGAGACCACAGGAGCCAGAGGGAGCGUCCAGGCCCAGCAAUGAGGGACUUGGGAGAAAUCCGAGAAGAAUGGGUUGUUCUCUUGGGAAGUCAGGGUGUCAGAUGGGAUGGACAUCCAGGUCUUCUCCCUGCCUAAUUGUCAAGGCCUCCUUGGCUCUGGAGCUAUGAAAGGCCCCAACUUUCAGGUCACCCUUGCCACUGAGGACCCAGAACUAUGCUAUGAUGAGGAUUAAGAGUGUUGACUUGCCUGUUUCAGAGAUAAAUGACAAGCCUUCAGUUUGGGGCAUCCUGCUGUUUGGGCAAGGACCCUCUCUGAUAUUCUAAUAAUCCCCACCUGUAACCUCAGGUCCCUGGGAAUACAGAGGAGGCUGGGAUCGCUUGAGACACAGAAAUCUUCAGAGAAUUUUUUUGACCCUCUGAAGUCCUUCCAGCAGCAGUCCUGGUGGUGCUGCUGGAAACAAGCAAUGUCCUGGUCUAACCUAACUCUAAAAAAAA